GAUUGAUAUAUCACCCUUUAUUAUAAAUCCUACCGAAUGACUUGUUGACAGAUAAUUUACAUCUUUGAUCCUCUAACAUUUUCAACCUUUACAAUUCAAAAACAUAUAAAACAAAACUCGAGUCUACUCCUUUACAUCAGUUACGAGACAUAUCUCAUUAUUCGCAAUCGCAAACGUCAAAAUGGUUCAAACACCCGCCCAACGCAAAGCAAAUCUCAAGUUCGCUGCCGUCAAUGAGAACAAACAAGGAAAAUCAGAAGCUCAAUUGCACAAGAAGGAGUUGAAGAAACAGAAGAGCCCUAUUAGCAAGGGUUGGUUAUACCUGUUCGCAUUUAUCCUUAUUGGCGGAUUAUUUGUCGACCUCCUUUUCCGUGUAGUUUCCUAUUUCAGCGGCGGUAAAUAA